AGGAGGCGCAGGGAGCGGCCGGGGCGGUGGCGGCGGCUCCUCCUCCUCCUUUCCAGCCAUGGCUGUAAAAGAUCCAACAGCUGUAGAAAGAGCAAAUUUACUGAACAUGGCUAAACUGAGUAUUAAAGGACUCAUUGAAUCAGCUUUGAGCUUUGGCCGUACUCUGGAUUCUGACUACCCUCCUCUGCAGCAGUUCUUUGUUGUCAUGGAGCACUGUCUGAAGCAUGGCCUUAAAGUAAGAAAAUCCUUUUUAAGUUACAAUAAAACUAUCUGGGGUCCUUUGGAACUUGUGGAGAAAUUAUAUCCAGAAGCUGAGGAAAUAGCAGCAAGUGUCAGAGAUUUGCCCGGCCUUAAAACACCACUGGGCCGUGCCCGGGCCUGGUUACGGUUGGCACUAAUGCAGAAGAAAAUGGCUGACUAUCUUCGCUGUUUAAUCAUUCAGAGAGAGCUUCUCAGUGAAUUUUAUGAGUAUCAUGCGCUGAUGAUGGAAGAAGAAGGAGCAGUUAUUGUUGGACUGCUGGUUGGGCUAAAUGUAAUAGAUGCUAACCUCUGCGUAAAGGGUGAAGACCUGGAUUCACAAGUUGGUGUGAUCGAUUUCUCUAUGUAUUUAAAGAGUGACGAUGACAUUGGAGGAAAGGAAAGAAAUGAACAGAUUGCUGCAAUUUUGGACCAAAAGAAUUAUGUUGAAGAACUAAACAGACAACUGAAUAGCACAGUUAGCAGCCUACAUGCAAGAGUUGAUUCGUUAGAGAAGUCAAACACUAAACUGAUUGAAGAGUUAGCAAUAGCCAAAAACAAUAUAAUUAAACUUCAGGAAGAAAAUCAUCAAUUAAGAAGUGAAAAUACUCUGAUCUUAAUGAAAACACAGCAUCAUCUAGAGGUAACUAAAGUGGACGUUGAAGCAGAACUUCAGACAUACAAACACUCCAGGCAGGGGUUAGAUGAGAUGUACAAUGAAGCACGGAGGCAGCUUCGAGAGGAGUCACAGCUCCGCCAGGAUAUGGAGAAUGAGCUGGUAGUUCAAGUUAGCAUGAAGCAUGAGAUAGAGCUUGCUAUGAAGUUACUGGAGAAGGACAUCCACGAGAAGCAGGACACGCUCAUAGGCCUUCGGCAGCAGCUUGAUGAAGUUAAAGCAAUUAACAUGGAAAUGUACCAAAAGCUGCAGGUUUCUGAAGAUGCUAUGAAAGAAAAGAAUGAAAUAAUUGGUCGAUUAGAGGAUAAGACCAAUCAAAUUAAUGCUGCUAUGAAACAACUAGAACAAAGAUUGCAGCAAGCAGAGAAGGCUCAAUUGGAAGCUGAGAAUGAGGAUGAGAAACUUAAACAGGAAUAUGUGAAUAAGUCUGAAAGUCUGCAGAAAGAAUUCUCCCAGAAGGAGAAACAGCUGCUCCAACUUGAAACAGAUUUGAAGAUAGAAAAGGAGUGGCGGCAAACUCUGGAGGAUGACCUUCAAAAGGAAAAAGAAACUGUAUCUCAUCUGCGAAUAGAGACUCAAGAAAUAAUUAACCUUAAAAAAGAGUUCAUUAAACUUCAGGAAAAGAACAGGCAACUGAAAAGGAUAUGUCAGGACCAAGAAGCUGCUCUCCAAGAACUGGCAUCCAAGCUGAGCGAAUCCAAGCUGAAAAUAGAAGAUAUAAAAGAAGCGAACAAAGCAUUGCAGGGGCAGGUUUGGUUGAAGGACAAAGAGGCUACACAUUGCAAGUUAUGUGAAAAGGAAUUCUCACUUUCCAAAAGGAAGCACCAUUGUAGAAACUGUGGUGAGAUCUUCUGUAAUGCUUGUUCCGACAAUGAACUGCCUCUGCCUUCCUCACCAAAGCCUGUUCGUGUCUGUGAUUCCUGUCAUGCAAUCCUUAUACAGAGAGAGCUUUUGAGUUCUGCUAGGUCUGACACAUCCCACCACUGUUCAUGUUGAUGUUCCAUGGUAACUUCUGCUGGAAUGUACAUCUCAGUUCUUCUAGUAGCCAAAUAAAAAUACAGCCUUUGAUGGGUUGUAUGUAGCAGCAGCCCUCGCUGUCGUGUCACUGCUCUAGAAUCAACCUGCCCUCUGCCCUUCAGCCCUUCAUGUGAAUGGGUCCAGCCAUGGAAUUUCCACUCUGGUCAGUACUGGUGAGCAGUUAGCAGUAAUCAGCUGUAGUUCAUUUAUGGGCCUGGAAUUCCUACUGACAGGAGCACGGCAGCUUGGAAACAGGUCUUUCUUUUAGUCAUUCUUGCACUUUGUUUAGCUUAGCUGUGUCUUUUGAGGAUUGGUAUUUAGCUAAUAUUCCAAGAGCUAACUAACUGUUCUUUUUGACACGUCAGUGUAGUUGCUUAUGUAGCCUUUGUAAAAAAAAUAAAAAUAAAAAGUUUUUAAAAUUA